AUGAAGGUGCUGCUGUUCAUUGCCCUGCUGGGGCUGCUGGCCGUGAGCCAUGGUAGACAUCUGGGCCACGCUUUGGCACGGCGCAGUGCUGAGAGCGACAGUAAUGAAAGCAAUGGAGAUAGAUACGGCGGCAGAUACAGCAAUGGCUACGACAAUGGGUACGGCCACAGGUACGGCUACGGCAACGGAUAUGACAACGGCUACGGCUACGGCAACGGAUAUGAUAACGGCUACGGCUAUGGAUAUGGAAAUGGCUACGGUAAUGGAUACAGCGCCGACAGCAGCGAUAGCGGUGAUAACAAUAGCCACGGUGACGACAGCAGAGCUAGUGACAGCGGUGAGCUCACCGCGAACGGGGCUGGUCACGGAUAUGGACAUGGCGGUACUGUUGGAAAUGGAGACUUCAACGGGAACGGUUACGAUGCCGGGGCCGGCCACUGGAACGGAGGCUGGGACGGGAACGGGAACGGAGGCUGGGACGGCCACGGGAACGGAGACGGGAAUGGGAAUGGACAUGAACACGGGAACGGAGACGGGAAUGGGAAUGGACAUGAACACGGCGGCGGGAACGGAGAUGCCAAUGGAAUUAUGAUUGGCAAUGCAGGCACUGGAGGAGGAGAUUCUAGUGAUUCCAGUGAUUCCAGCGAUUCCAGUGGAUCCAGUGACUCUAGUGAUAGCAGUGAUUCCGAUGACUCCAGUGACAGCAGUGACUCUGAUGACUCCAGUGACAGCAGUGACUCUGAUGACUCCAGUGACAGCAGUGACUCUGAUGACUCCAGUGACAGCAGUGAUUCUGAUGACUCCAGUGACAGCAGUGAUUCUGAUGAUUCCAGUGACAGCAGUGAUUCUGAUGACUCCAAUGAUAGCAGUGAUUCUGAUGACUCUGGUGACAGCAGUGAUUCCGAUGACUCCAGUGACAGCAGUGACUCUGAUGAUUCCAGUGACAGCAGUGACUCUGAUGAUUCCAGUGACAGCAGUGAUUCUGAUGAUUCCAGUGACAGCAGUGAUUCCAAUGACUCCAAUGAUAGCAGUGAUUCUGAUGACUCUGGUGACAGCAGUGAUUCCGAUGACUCCAGUGACAGCAGUGACUCUGAUGACUCCAGUGACAGCAGUGAUUCUGAUGAUUCCAGUGACAGCAGUGAUUCUGAUGACUCCAGUGACAGCAGUGAUUCCGAUGACUCCAGUGACAGCAGUGACUCUGAUGAUUCCAGUGACAGCAGUGAUUCUGAUGACUCCAGUGACAGCAGUGAUUCCGAUGACUCCAGUGACAGCAGUGAUUCCGAUGACUCCAGUGACAGCAGUGAUUCCAAUGACUCCAGUGACAGCAGUGAUUCCAAUGACUCCAAUGAUAGCAGUGAUUCUGAUGACUCUGGUGACAGCAGUGAUUCUGAUGAUUCCAGUGACAGCAGUGAUUCUGGAGAUGCUGGUGACAACAGUGACUCUGAUGAUUCUGGAGAUAGCAGUGAUUCUGAAGACUCCAAUGAUUCUAGUGACUCUAGUGACUCCGAUGAUAACAAUGAUUCCAGUGACAGCAAAGAUUCAAGUGAUUCUGGUGACGCAAGCGACUCCAGUGAUUCUGGUGACUCCAAUGAAAGCAGUGAUUCCCAAGAUUCCAGUGGCUCCAGUGAUUCCAGUGACUCUAAUGAUUCAAGUGACUCAAAUGGAUCCAAUGACUCCAGUGAAAGCAGUGAAUCUAAUGAUUCUAGUGAUUCCAGUGACAGUAGUAAUUCAGGUUGA